CAGAAAAUGUCUGCAACCCUUCAUUUUCUUAAUGCCAAAUUGUUCCUUUGCCUCUUAGUAAUACUAUUCCAACACCAUUUUGUAUUUGCAACUUCAAAUCCUGCUGGUCUAAGUCUAAGGGCUGUCAUAGAUGAUUCCCCACAGUCUCCUCUAUACCUUAUUGGAAGCCUCAGUAGGGCUGAAAGAAUCGCAAAACUGAUCAAAAUUACCGAGGCAAGAGCCAAUUAUUUGGAUUUGGUGUCGCGUCCAAAUGCAAGGGUGGUUCCUGAUUAUCUCCAUAUACCAAUACUCCGAGAUGUUUUGUUCUAUGUUGUAGUGUUUACAUUAGGGAGCCAACAACACCCUGUGAAGUUGUUGAUGGACACUGGAGGAGGCCUAAUCUGGACACAGUGUCAACCUUGCAAAAACUGUUUCCCCCAAAAUCUUCAAAUUUAUGAUCCUAGAGUCUCCGCGAGCUACGGCACACUUCCUUGCGACCAUCCCCUCUGCGAUGGUGAUCAUAGGCUCUACGACUGUGUACAUGGAGAAUGUGUCUACGAUGUUCGAUAUGCUGGUGGAGCCUCUACCAGGGGUGUUGCAUCCUUGGAAUCAUUCCAAUUCUUCAUCGAUCAUUCUAGCAGACGAACUUUCAGCAAUGUCAUCUUUGGUUGCUCAGAUGAUAACACCGGCUUCUCGUUUAAGAAUUGUGGUAUUUCAGGGAUCUUUGGAUUGAACCUGUCUCCGGAUUCAAUGUCGAGCCAGUUUUCUCCUUUGAUUCACAAUCGAUUCUCGUAUUGUUUCGUCCCUUUUCUCGACGCAAUGCCUCGUCCGAUCAUCUUAAGAUUUGGAGAGGACAUUCCUCAGCUGCCUCCCGAACACCUUCAUACAACAUUGUUCACGUACACACCACCAGGAUCCUAUUAUUUCUAUCUAGAAUUGUUGGAUAUAAGCGUUGCAAACCAUCGUCUAGGAUUUCAACCUGACACGUUCAGGAUCAGGCAGGAUGGCUUAGGAGGUUGCUUCAUAGACUCGGGAGCUCUAGUCUCUCAAAUUGAUUCCAACACUUUCGGGGUCAAUGCUUAUGAAGCAGUGCUAGCAGUCUUUGGAGCUUAUUACGAAUCGCGAGGACUUCAAAGAACAAACGGUCGGGUAGGAUUGGAGCUGUGCUACGAAACUCCAGCAAAUUACCAUGAUUUCGCAGCAAUAACGUUUCAUUUUAAUGGAGCUGACUACACCGUAGAUGGGCAACUGGGGCAUUUCAUCGACCCUGUGAAUGGGUUUUUCUGCGUAGCAAUUACAAGCGGACAGAUGGGAACUGUGCUAGGAGCAUGGCAUCAACAGAAUAAGCGAAUCAUUUAUGAUCGGUGGAUGGGUGGUCUCCAAUUUGCUGAUGAGCAAUGUAUCAAUGAUGUUCUUUAA